AGUACACUUUUUAACACAGUAAACAAGUGUUGAAAAAAUACAAAUUGUUCAUAGCUCAGUUGACAUCUGAAAUUGUUCAAGGAAAGAAAUUGAAAGCAAUUCAGUAAAUUUUACUUUAAAGAGAAGCGAUAAUCUCGACAAAUUUCGUUCAUUUCAACAAUCUGAAGAUGUUAUCCAUGGCUAAACUGUAUCGCGCUGCAGGCAAAGCUACAACUACAACCAAGCUUCAGCCUUUGGUCAACUUCCAAUUGAUGCGGCAACAAAAAACCAUGCACGAUGUGGACAAAUGCGGAGUGCCACCAACGAAGGGUUAUUCGCCCUUUGGUCGCAAUCAAAUCGGAUGGACUGAAUGGUCUUUGACCCGUCUCGAUGAUCUCUUGAACUGGGGACGCAAAGGAUCGCUGUGGCCUAUGACCUUUGGCCUGGCCUGUUGUGCUGUGGAGAUGAUGCACAUUGCAGCGCCUCGCUAUGAUAUGGAUCGCUUUGGCGUUGUGUUUCGUGCAUCGCCCAGGCAAACGGAUCUGCUGAUUGUCGCCGGCACCUUGACCAACAAAAUGGCGCCAGCUUUGCGCAAGAUCUACGAUCAGAUGCCGGAACCACGCUGGGUCAUCUCCAUGGGCAGCUGUGCCAAUGGCGGUGGCUACUAUCACUACUCCUAUUCGGUUGUGCGUGGCUGUGAUCGCAUUAUCCCAGUCGAUGUCUAUGUGCCUGGUUGUCCACCCACAGCUGAGGCUCUCAUGUAUGCCAUUCUGCAGAUACAGAAGAAGAUCAAGCGCAUGAGAACACUCCAGAUGUGGUACAGAAAAUGAGCAAAGAGUUUUAACUUUUUUAUUACUCUUUGUAAAUUGACUAAUAAGAUGAACUUUUA